AAAAUUUGUAAUGUUUUGAUAUUUUUUAAUAAUGCAACUGAAAGUUUUAGUCAUGUUUAUAAACCUACUUCAAACGAAUUUAUGCGUGAACUUGUUAAUCUCGCCGGUGCUUUUAAUGAAUUUCAAAAUGCCGAUUAUGUGAGCUAUUUUUGUACUUUUAUGAAGGAAAAGUUUUUAAAAUAUUAUUCACAUAUUCCACAUAUUUAUGGUAUUGCUUUUAUUCUCGAUCCUCGUUAUCGACUUAGUAAUUUGGAACAAUGUUACAAGUUCUAUUAUCAAUCUUUUUAUGGUGAUUUUCCAAUGUAUGAAGAUAACCCUAUAGAUCCGCAAUCUGAAUACAACGAGGUUAGUAGUUUAUUUUAUUCUUUAUUUAAUGAGUUUCGUGCACAAUAUGGCAACAUGCCCCCUCCCCCAACCCAAACAUCUUCAUCUAAAGGAAAAGGUCUUUUUAAAUCUGCAUUUGGCAAUCUUAUGAAAAAAGCUAAAACAACGCACACUACUGAACAAAGCACAAUUAAUGAGAUUGCUUUGUAUAUUAACUAUGAGGUUGAGUUUGUAGAAAAUGAAGAUUUUGACGUCCUAAAGUGGUGGAAGUCAAAAGAAAGAACGUUCCCGAUUUUGGCACGGAUGGCUAAGCAAGUACUAUCAAUGCCGGUUUCAACAGUUGCCGUGGAACAAGAAUUUAGUUCGGCCGGCAACGUCCUAACUAAAUCGAGAACGUGUUUGAGUGCCGAAUCUCUUGAGACACUUAUAUGCUACCACGAUUGGUUGAAGGCAAGACGUAGAACUCAAGAACUUAGUCUCAUCCCCUCCCAAGACUUUAUGGAUGAAUCAACCGAUGGUGGUUCUACCUAUGCCGGAGAUUCCGAUUGAUUAGUAUUUUACAAUUUCUUAUUUUAU